AUGUCGGAAACAUGUCAUCAGACCCUUGCUGACGAUCCGAACAUUAAGAUCAUAAUUGCGGGUUACAUUAAUCACUUGAAUAUCAAAGAACUACGGUGGCCCAGAAGAGUCAAUUUUUAAUUUGCAUGUCCUAUUUUUAAUUUGCAGCAACAUUUUUAAUUUGCAGGUAAAAUUUUUAGUUUGCAGCAACAUUUUUAAUUUGCAUGUGUGACCCUUCUGGGCCACCGUAAAGAACUCAUGCGGCAGUAGGCCAUGCAACAAUUGGUUAUGGCCCCUACUAGGGGGGAUCGCAUCUUAGAUGUUCUUCUUACCAACGGCCCAUUCCUUUGGAAAAAGGAACAGUACACAAAGGACUUGUAA